AUGAACUCGUAUCCUCCGGAACUGCUUGUGCAGCUAGCACCAGUCAUGUUCGUGGCUGGUCUGGAUGCUCAGGCUCCGCAAUCCCCGACGAACGCCCCUCCGACUCCCUCGACUCCCUCGACUCAACAACCGCCCCGACCAGACGCUUUCCAGCUUCUCUGCAUGAGGCUGAGAGACGCGCUCGUAUCUCAGCGGAAAGUUGCUAUCUGGCAGCCGGAGAAGUCCAAGACGUUCCAGGUUGUUCUUGUGGAUAAGGACGUCCCGUUCCCGCCGCGCAAAAUGCUCCGUCCAGAUGACCCGCAAUAUAGCGCAUCACAUUCCCCCCUCUCCCCUUUGACCCCAACAUCCCCCCUAUACCCGGACGGUGUCAUUGCGCCUAUAUGGAUCCGCAAGCACACGACCCUCGUACCUUCGGUGUUUGUGAUGUUCACGCGCAUCUACGAGUCACCACCGCUUCAACCAGGACAAACAGAACGCGACCGCGAAGUCGAAGAGAAGCGGCGGGACACUGAACUCUCGGCUGAGAUCGCGCAGCGGAAGAAGACCACGAAUGAGCGCGGAUUGAAGCUCACCGUCGUGCUAAUGGCCAGCCGUAGGAUGCUAGAUGACCCUACUUUGGACGGACGGCUCACGUACAUUCGGAGACAGAGUGGACUGGACCCCCGCGCGGCGCUCUUCGUACUGAGUCCAGUUUCACCUACGGAGAUCGGGGACUUCGUGCGCAGCUUGCAAGAUGCGCUAUGGGAGCCCGCACUGGAAUAUUACACCAAUCACUCGAAACGCGUGAGGCGGAAACGGAAUCGGCAUUCGCAGGCCACUUCAUACCAGCUGCCUCUCUCUCCGAUGGCUAGUGCAGGUAUUGCACGACCGCUUCGCCCGGAAGGAUGGACAGUUAGGUACGAGUAUAAGAUGGCGUGUUUCGCCGAAUUCCGAGGAGAGGACCAGGUUGCGCUCAAGCAUUACCAGGAUGCGUAUUCAACGCUCAUUAUCAUGUUCGGCUCUACUGCAAUCCUUCCUCCUCGCACCAAGCGCUGGGCCGAGGCGAAGGUGCUCGCAGACUGCAUUAAUGUUAAGAUCGUAAAGCUCUACCUAUACAACAACGAACAUUCUCUCGCAUUGUCACACCAAAACAGCCACAUGCGCAAGUUCGCCGACUUCUCACGCGGCUGGGGUAUCGGAGAGGAGACGUUUGAGUUCUGGAGCUGGCUUGCACGGCAACAUCGCGUGUUUGCAGAACUUCUUGAACAGGGCACACGUUCUAGCCUCAAGAUCCCGACUGCGUAUCCGACCCCGACGCCAUCUGCUGCCGUCCUCGCGGCGCAGUCUCUCGAAGCCUCGCAGAUCGGCCUGGAGGCGAUGCGCGUGCUCGGCCUGAACCCCAACCAGGCGCUCCAACACCCCGGUUUCUACUACUAUAUGGCAGCGCGGUGUACGGAGCGGCGGCGCGAGCGGUUCCUGGCGGUGCUCGAGACGGAGGUGAUAAAGAUGCCCGCUACCAACUCGCCCGGUUUCGCGAAUGAGAGGAAGGUUGACCAUCUGGCCAUCGUCUUGGAGCUCUAUACCCGCGCGUAUGAGCUAUUCAAGAAAUGGAGCCCGCAGAACUCGCAGAAUCCGGGACGUCUGACGCUGUGGAUAGCGUACCGCAUCGCUCAAACGUACUACGACUCGGGCAAGUUUGACAUGGCCGUCAGAUUCUUCGAGCGCAUCGCGAAGACAUAUCGAAGGGAGAGCUGGGAAUCAUUGCUGCACCCGUUGCUCUCUCAAUGGUAUGCAUGCGCUCAACAGCUGGGCGAUAUGGAGCUUAGCGUUAAGCUGUUGAUCGAGAUGCUCGCUUACGGUGCAACCGCUUCAGCGGAUGAUCCAGAUGUAUUACAGGACGACCUCCUUGCGGUACUUCAGAGUACGGUGCCAUCUAUCACGGAGGAACCCCUCGUAGUCGAUCUUUCCGAGUCUAAGUCAAUUUUGGAUGCAUCGGUGGUCUUCUGGGACCACGAGAUUGAUGUCGGCGAGCAGGCCCGGUUCCAGAUACUCCUCUCCUCCCAGCCCGACGUGUCCCUGUCGUCUAUACCGUUCACUCAGCUCGCCAUCCACUUCGGCACGCAUGCACCUCCGCUAAUCAUCAAGCAUCACCAGCCCGAUCCCGAUGUCGAUGUGCCUACCGUACAACGGUUCGACUUGGGCGAGGUCGUCGUUGCUCCUGCACCCACAGAACCUGUCGAGAUCGAGGCUGAGCUGCAGUGGGGAGCCGGGUCAACGAUCGUGUUUACAGGAAGUGUCUCGUCGGCUUUGCCAAUGCACAUCUUGGUCACCAAACUAGUCUUUACCAUUAAGGUCAACUCCUGGUGGAUCGAGGUACCUAUCGUUCCGGAGACCACGCGGCUCGAGAAUGCACUGGUAGCUCCUCGCUGGUUGUGCUCGGUUGAGCCUCCGCGCUUCAUACCCAUACGCCGCGAGGAUCAUUCUUCAGUACGGGUUCGCCAUCGUCCUCACCAAGUGGAGGUCGCGAUCUCGCAUGAGGGGCCUGCGUACAUCGGGGAAGAGUUCCCGAUCGAGAUCAACAUCACGAACCAGGAUGACCGGGAACUGGAAGUCGUCCUCGACGUGCUCCUACAGCCCACGGAGAUCGACGAAGCAGUUAAUCAUGUCGCGAUGGAUGACCAGCGCUCUACAAGCUUGCUCAAGGCGGUCGCGUGCGGUGUCCUCGCGCCAGGGGUGAGCGUACUGAAGAAGCUCUGCCUCGCGAACACGGGCGCCCCUGGUGAGCGUGUCAUCGACAUCUCAGUGCAGUCGCACUCGACCGCGCAGCCGCCUACAUCGCCUGUCUCUCCCACAACUCCCGCGAGCGCGACUGCUCCGUCGCUUGUUGAUCGGAGCGAGACCCUGCGCACACUAGCCGUUCCGACGGUGCUGCCCGUCGAGGUCGAGCAUACGGUGACGUACAGGCGGCCGACAAAGCCUCAGCCGGGCCUUGCGGACUUGAUGACGUUCGAAGGUAGCCAUAAGGACGAAGCGGUGGCAGUGAAGGCGAUAGUUACGAGUAUCGUAUCAGUCGUGGCGACGUCGGGCCUUGUCGUUGAAAGCGUGGUUUUGCAUCGAAAGAACACCGAGGUCGCCGAGGUGAUGGACUGCUCGGUAGACCAGGAUGACUUCAGCGGCGACACAGAAUGGCUUGCUGGGGAUAAGUUCGAUGACAAAUGUCGUAUCAGCGUCAUUCCUGAUUCGGAGCAUCCGGAUGCAUCGAUCCCUGGACCUGGCGAGUACGAGAUAACAUGGAGAAGGCUUCUUCACGACGGCAGCCAUGGCUCGCUCUCAACCACACGUUUCCCGCUCCCGCAGCUCCUCCCGCCGUCGGAUGGCCUCAUCGCGCUCCUCGACGCGCCAACGACCGCGCGGCUGCACGUCCCGAUCCCACUCCGAUUGACUGUCCGGAAUCGGCAUCCGACGCGCACCGCAACCCCGACAGUGCAAAUCGAACCAGACGCUAUGGAUGCGUUCGUCAUUGCGGGGCUCCGCCACGGCCGCAUGCCCGUGCUUCUGCCUGGGCAAGAGGAUGCGCUCACGUGGAACCUCAUCCCCGUUCAGUGCGGCAUGGUUCGCGUGCCUCGCGUCAAGGUCCUUGAUAGACGCAGCGCGGGUGAACAAGCGGAGGGAGACGAUGUCGAGAUCGUGGAUGUGCGAUGGGAUGGACGGCCGCAACGGAUGUUGGACGAGGAAGGAGUAGAGGUGCAGGUAGUGAAAGGGCACGAUGCAUACGUGUUGGUCGUGCCAUAA